AUGGUCACAGGGGAAAUGAAGCCAAAAAAAAAAGUUGUCGGUGGAAUAAGCACAAAUAUUGCAAAAUACCCAUUUACAAUAUCAUUACGAAGUAAAGAGGAUCAUAUGUGUGGUGGAAUACUAAUUAAAGAAGAUUGGAUUUUAACAGCUGCGCACUGUUUAAUGAUGGCCUCCGAAUGCUACAUGAAGCUGAGAAAAGCUAUAUUUUAUCAGGCACUUGCAGGUACUACAUUUUCUGAUGAUAAAACGAAAGUUGGCCAAAUAAAACAAUGCAUUUAUUUCUAUACACAUCCUGAAUAUGAUCCAGAAACUCUUAUGAACGAUAUAGGCUUGGUCCAAAUAGAGAGUCCUUUCCGAACAGGAGAAAAUGUACAAGUCGCAAAAAUAUCCAACUAUUACGAGAAGUAUGCUGGUGAUGAUGUGCCUGAAAAUACCAAUGAAAUUUGUACAGUAGUUGGCUGGGGGUCUCUCGGAAAAAAUGUUAAGAACCAUGUGACAACGCUUCAAAAAGCCAAUUUGGAUGUUCUACCAAUAAGAAUAUGUAAAGAGAAACUUAGUGAGUACAUAGUUCCUGACAAGGAUAUGUGCUUACUAUCAGCAACUGUACAAGGUUCUUGUUACGGGGACUCAGGUGGCCCAGUGGUUUGUGAGAGUUCUGAAGUCGAAGCGAUAGUUUCAGGAUCAACUGGAGACUUUGAUUGUGCCAUACCUCAUUUGCCGUAUCUCUUUGUACGAAUAAUGCCAUAUGAAAAUUGGAUACAUAAUAUUAUAGAAAAUAAGCCCAAAAUGAGCAAUGAUGAUAUACGUUAUUCAAAUAAAACUAAAUGCACUAGCUACGAUAAGGGAUUUCAAGGAAAGCAUGAUACAAUCAAUGAAGGAAAUAAAGGAAAUCAUUUCUGCAGCAACAUGAAUUUCGUCGUUGUUAUUCUACUUUUUAUUAUAUAUUCUUAA